CCGCUACAGCGAGUCUACAGCCAAGUCAGUUGAGAAGACAGGGGCGGCGCGAGCGCGCGUGUGUCGAGUCGAGUCAAAUAUCGAAUGAUAACGACUUUAAGAUCGAUAAGAUAGUGCUUGUAUUUUUUAACAUUUUGCGGAAUUAGUGCAAGAUGUUGCGUGUUCUCCUAAUAGCGGUCGCGGCCGCUACAGCCCUUGCUGCGGACCUGCCGCCAAGCUGUGACAGCAAAGUGUACUGCCAAGGCGACCUCCUCCACCAUGUGAUGAUGAAACGCGUCUAUGAAGACUCCAAGACUUUCGUCGACCUCCCGAUGAAAGAUGACCCGGACACCAUUCUCGCAGCAUUCGACAAGCUUUUAAACGAAACAAACGACCCCUCCAAAGAUCAGCUUAAAGCGUUCGUUGAUGAAUAUUUCAAUAGCGGAGGUGAACUCGAGGAGUGGACUCCCCCGGAUUACUCUGACAAUCCCGCUUUCCUCACUAGAAUCCGCGACGAAAAACUCAGGACGUUUGCCAAAAAUAUCAACGAUAUCUGGCCGACUCUGGGUAGAAAAGUUUUGCCCGUAGUAUUUGAGAAACCAGACCGCCACAGUCUCAUUCCGAUUCCGCACGGAUUUAUCAUACCCGGCGGGAGAUUCACGGAGAUUUACUACUGGGACACAUAUUGGAUCAUUGAAGGUCUCCUCAUUUGUGGAAUGCAGGAUACUGCUCGGGGAAUGAUCGAGAAUCUUAUUGAGCUGUUGACGAAGUUGGGUCACGUUCCGAACGGAAGCCGAGUAUACUACAAUGAGCGCAGUCAGCCACCUCUUCUCACAGCCAUGGUCUCUCUAUACUAUAGAGAAACGAAAGACAUACAAUUCUUAAUGGACAAUAUUGGACAUCUGGAGAAGGAAUUGGAAUAUUGGAGACAGGCGAAUUUGGUGACAUUCCAGAAAAACGGCCGGUCUCACACUUUGCUUAGGUACUUUGCCCCGAGUGUAGGCCCACGGCCAGAAUCCUACUACGAAGAUUAUGAGGCUGCCCAUAAUUUAAGUAGUGAUCCGGCUCGCCAGCAAGAAUUUUACACCGAUAUCAAGAGCGCUGCCGAAAGUGGGUGGGACUUCUCUUCCCGUUGGUUUAUCGACGACAAAGGGGAUAAUACGGGGAGCCUCCAAAACAUUCACACUAGAAACAUUAUCCCAGUGGACUUGAACUCUAUAUAUGCAAAUGCUCUUCAAAAUGUAGCGACGUUCCAAUUGUAUCUAGGAAACCUUGUCAAAGCCGCUGAAUAUGCUUACCGCGCCAGGCAAUUACGGAAUUCAAUCGAGCAAACUUUAUGGGACGAGCAAGAUGGUAUCUGGUAUGACUACGAUAUACUUGACAAUAAGUUUAGAAAGUACUUCUAUCCUAGUAACCUGUCUCCGCUCUGGAUGGGAGCUGUCGAGAAAAGCCGAGUUAGGCAGAAAUCAGCCCGUGUUUUAAAGUAUCUGAAGUUGUCACAUGGACUGGACUUCCCUGGAGGUAUUCCCACUUCGUUGAUCCGAAGUGGCCAACAGUGGGACUUCCCCAACGCGUGGCCGCCUCUACUCAGUGUCGUUGUUAACGCACUUGAGGCUUCAGGAAAUCAGCAAUCGAGGAGAACGGCCUUCCAAGUAGCUCAGACCUGGGUGCGCGCGUGUUUACAGGGAUUCAAUGAAAGUAAGCAAAUGUUUGAGAAAUAUGACGUGGAAAAUCCAGGGAAAUUUGGAGGAGGAGGCGAGUAUACAGUGCAGGAAGGAUUUGGAUGGUCCAACGGUGUUGUGCUAGAAUUCUUGUACAAAUAUGGCAGCAUUUUAACCGCUGACGAUUCCGCUUUCUCGGAGAUUGCCAGCGACAUACUGGGUUUGCUCAACGCCUACUCGCAGGCGUUCAUCACUUCCUGCAACUCUUCCAUCUACUGCACCGGCGAAAUGCUACACCGCAUCCAGCUCGCGAAAAUUUUCCCGGAUUCAAAAACUUUCGUAGACAUGAAGCUAUUGUUUUCGAUGAGCGAUACGUUGGCAGAUUUUGCUCAGCUGAUGCACGAUACGCAGCGGAAUCCUUCGCGUGAACAGCUUACCAAGUUCGUAGGAGAGCAUUUCGAGCCAGGAAACGAAUUGGAAAAUUGGAUACCUCCUGACUUCAACCCAUCGCCGCCUAUACUAGAUAGAAUAACACAUCCGAAACUUAAAGUGUUUGCUAAAAAUGUGAUUGCCAUUUGGGCAACAUUGGGACGGAAAGUAAAACCCGUUGUUCAUCAGAAUCCAGACCGGUACAGCUUAAUCUCAGUUCCUAAUGGAUUCAUCGCACCUGGAGGCCGUUUUAAGGAGUUAUACUACUGGGACUCUUACUGGAUCGUACGUGGACUUCUACUCAGUGAUAUGGCAGAAACUGCCAGAGGUAUGGUAGAAAAUAUUCUGUAUUUAGUUGACAAGUUUGGGUACAUGCCAAACGGCGGUCGCCUUUAUUACUUAGGUAGAAGCCAACCACCUCUUCUUACGGCUAUGGUUGCAGAUUACUAUGCUGUUUCGGAAGAUCUUGCGUGGUUAAAGCGUCAUAUCCCUACUGUUGAAAAUGAAUUACAAUAUUGGUUGAAUACAAAGAAAGUGACAGUGGAAAUAAACGGGAACCAAUAUGUGCUCCUUAGGUACUAUUCUGAGGAGGAAUCCAAAGGACCGCGACCAGAGUCAUAUUACGAAGACUAUACUACAGCCCGGUUUCUACCCUCAGAGGAUUUGCGCCAGGAAUUUUAUAAAGAGAUGAGGGGCGUGGCUGAAAGUGGAUGGGAUUUUUCCACUCGGUGGUUCGUGAGUGCAAGCUCGGAUCCCGUCGGAAACCUGACUGAUGUUCACGCCUCGCGCAUUCUGCCGGUCGACCUAAACUCUAUCUUUGCUGGUGCUCUUCAACUCACUGGUGACUUGAGAAACCAGCUUAACGACCGCCGUGAGGCGCAAAAGUGGCACAGCCUCGCGAAAUAUUGGAGAAGAUCAAUUGAGAAUGUCCUCUGGGAUACUUCCGACGGGACAUGGUAUGACUACGAUUCUAUGGCAAGAGUAAGAAGGAAGCAUUUUUAUCCGAGCUGUGCUACGCCUUUGUGGGCGGGAGCGGUGGAGAAAGAUGAUGCCCCAAAAUACGCUGCGCGUUUCGUAAGGUAUUUGCAUUCAUCCGGAGGACUCGAUUUUCCUGGAGGAAUACCAUCGUCUCUCCUCCAUUCUGGCGAGCAGUGGGACUAUCCAAAUGCAUGGGCUCCAUUGCAAAGCAUACUCAUAGGAGGGCUUGACAAAAGCGGUCACGAAGAAGCUCAAAAAUUAGCGAAAGAACAAGCUAAGCUUUGGAUCCGCUCGAACUAUUUAGGGCACAGCAGGUAUACCAAGAUGUUUGAGAAAUAUAGUUCGGUGCAGCCGGGGUCUCCAGGGGAUGGUGGGGAAUAUGGGGUGCAGAAUGGUUUUGGGUGGACGAAUGGUAAAAUGCUUUCGCUACGGCUGCCCCUAUACCCAGUACUGGGCUUGCUCAACGCCUACUCGCAGGCGUUCAUCCCUUCCUGCAACUCUUCCAUCUACUGCACCGGCGAAAUGCUACACCGCAUCCAGCUCGCGAGGAUUUUCCCGGACUCAAAAACUUUCGUUGACAUGAAGCUACUGUUUUCUACAAACGAUACGUUGGCAGAUUUCGCCCAGCUGAUGCACGACACGCAGCGGAAUCCUUCACGUGAGCAGCUUACCAAGUUCGUCGGAAAGCAUUUCGAGCCAGGAAACGAACUGGAAGAUUGGAUGCCUCCUGACUUCGAACCAUCGCCACCUAUACUAGAUAGAAUAAUAGAUCCAAAACUUAAAUUGUUCGCUAAAAAUGUGAUUGCCAUUUGGGCAACAUUGGGACGGAAAGUAAAACCUGUUGUUCAUCAGCAUCCUGACCGGUACAGCUUAAUCUCAGUUCCUAAUGGAUUCAUCGCACCUGGAGGCCGUUUUAAGGAGUUAUACUACUGGGACUCUUACUGGAUAGUACGUGGACUUCUACUCAGUGAUAUGGCAGAAACUGCCAGAGGUAUGGUAGAAAAUCUUCUGUAUUUAGUUGACAAGUUUGGGUACAUCCCAAACGGCAGUCGCAUCUAUUACUUAGGUAGAAGCCAACCACCUCUUCUCACGGCUAUGGUUGCAGAUUACUAUGCUGUUUCGGAAGAUCUCGCGUGGUUAAAGCGCCAUAUCCCUACCGUUGAAAAUGAAUUACAAUACUGGUUGAAUACAAAGAAAGUGACAGUGGAAAUAAACGGGAACCAAUAUGUGCUCCUUCGGUACUAUUCUGAUGAGGAUGCCAAAGGACCGCGACCAGAGUCAUAUUACGAAGACUAUACUACUUCCCAGUUUUUACACUCAGAGGAUUUGCGCCAGGAAUUUUAUAAAGAGAUGAGGAGCGCGGCUGAAAGUGGUUGGGAUUUUUCCACUCGCUGGUUCGUGACUGCUAGCUCAGAUCCUGUCGGAAACCUGACUGAUGUUCACGCCUCGCGCAUUCUGCCGGUCGACUUAAACUCUAUCUUUGCUGGGGCUCUUCAACUCGCUGGUGACUUGAGAGUCCUGCUCAACGACCGCCGUGAGGCGCAAAAGUGGUACAGUCUCGCUAAAUACUGGAGAAGGUCGAUUGAAAAUGUGCUCUGGGAUACUUCCGACGGGACAUGGUAUGACUACGAUUCUAUGGCAAGAGCAAGAAGGAAGCAUUUUUAUCCGAGCUGUGCUACGCCUUUGUGGGCGGGAGCGGUGGAGAAAGAAGAUGCCUCAAAAUACGCUGCGCGUUUUGUAAGUUAUUUGCAUUCAUCCGGAGGACUCGAUUUUCCUGGAGGAAUACCAUCAUCUCUUCUCCAUUCUGGCGAGCAGUGGGACUAUCCAAACGCAUGGGCUCCAAUGCAAAGCAUACUUAUAGGAGGGCUUGACAAAAGCGGUCACAAAGAAGCUCGAAAGUUAGCGAAAGAACAAGCUAAGCUUUGGAUCCGCUCGAACUACUUAGGGUACAACAGGUACACCAAGAUGUUUGAGAAAUAUAGUGCGGUGCAGCCGGGGUAUCCAGGGGAUGGUGGGGAAUAUGGGGUGCAGGAUGGUUUUGGGUGGACGAAUGGGGUAAUAUUAGAAUUAUUAGCAAAUUACAGAGACGAGUUGCUUGAUGAAAGUGCGGGAACGUCACUGCCGUAUGUGAGGCAAGUGUAAAUCGGACUUUAUGAUAAUAUUGAUAAUAUUCAUAAUGUUACUUAUGUACUUAAAUAUAAAAUUCCUAAUUAUAUCAUAUCAGAAUCGCGUAUGAACAAUGGCCUUUAAAUUAGAUAAAUAAAUACGCUUUACUGAAAUGAAAUAAAGAACAAAAGUAAUUAAUAGUACGAAUUAUCUAAAUGGUUGAGAAUGUUGAGAUAUAAAAUUCACAUUGAACGCGGAAGGAAGGGAUACAUAUUAUUUAUACCUAUUUGUUUGUAACUAUUUAUAGGAGUGAAUUUAAUGUAAUAUACAGUCGCUGUGAAUCGCGUGUAAUUGUUGUAUUUAACAAUAAGUAAAGUAAUUAAAGAACUGAGCAACGUGA